CUUCCCCUCACCGGAUCACCUUCCUUCCUUCCUUCAUUUGGAUCUAUCUUCCCAUUCCGACGGUUCUUCGUUUCUCAGAGUAUCAAUCUACCUUGGAACAAUGAGUGAAGUGUUUAACGGCUACGAGCGCCAAUACUGCGACCUCUCCGCCAAUCUUUCCAAGAAAUGCUCCUCUGCUAUUGCCCUUGACGGAGAACAAAAGAAGCAGAAGCUCUCUGAAAUCAGAUCUGGCCUCGAUAAUGCUGAAGCAUUGAUUAGGAAAAUGGAUGUUGAGGCCAGGAGCCUUCCACCGAGCGUUAGGACCAGCCUCCUUGUUAAACUAAGAGAGUUCAAGUCCGAUCUCAACAACUUCAAAAGCGAAGUCAAGAGGAUCACAUCUGCUAACUUGAACGCUGCUGCUCGCGACGAGUUGCUUGAAGCUGGUCUGGCUGACACAAAGACGGCUUCAGCUGAUCAAAGGGCGAGAUUGAUGAUGUCAACUGAUCGAUUGGGUCGAACCACUGACAGAAUCAAGGACAGUCGAAGAAUGAUGAUUGAGACUGAAGAGCUUGGCGUUUCUGUCUUCCAAGACUUGCACAGUCAGAGACAGUCUCUCCUUCGCACUGGCGACACGCUUAGUGGAGUAGACGAUAAUGUCGGAAAGAGCAAGAAGAUCUUGACGGGCAUGACCAGGAGGAUGAACAGGAACAAAUGGACCAUUGGAGCCAUUAUCACCGCUUUGGUCGCGGCUAUUAUCCUCAUCUUGUACUUCAAACUCACCAAGUAAACCCUCUGUAUCUAAACUCUUUGUCGCUGAACAAAUGGUGUGCAUCUUUUAUUUAAUCCUUUUCUGGCUUUCUGUGUGAUAAGUUGUCUUUGCCACCUUUUGUAUUAUCACGUUCUCUUGUUUGCGUUUGCUAUUACAUUUGUGUAUUUUCAUACUAAAUGAUGCAAAUUGUUUUGUUUUA